AUAGUAGCGAAGAACCACCGUGCUUUGAUAUUGCCGCAUUGAACGCACGCACUGUGUUUCGCCGCAUUUCACCUCAGUAGCUUUCUUUUUGCCACUUCAACGAGAGGUUCUCGUUCAAUCCAGUGCUUAUGCGAAUGAAUCUCCGAGAAUCAUAGACUCUGUAGACUCCGAGAAUCAUAGACUCUGUAGACUCCGAGAAUCAUACUCUGUAGACUCCGAGAAUCUCGUUCGAAGUUUCGAACUUCUUGCGGCAAGUCGCCAGUCGGUCGCAUGGCUGAGCAGGCCCAAUUUUUGCAGACGGGGGAGAAAGACUCGUCAGAGCAUUUAUCAAUAGUAGUGGAGCCACGAAAUGGCGAUAAUGCAGCGGCUGUCGUCACGACAACGGUCGUUGUCGAGACGAUAAGCCGCGGUGUGGGCGGAUCGCAUACAGAGCGCGACGAAUCUGAAAGGUUUCUGACAGGUAACGGCGUCGACGCCGUCGCAACUGUCGCCGGCGAGGCGUCGCACAGCCAGUUGAAGACGAACCCGCCGCACCGGCGGAGUCCACGGCGAGAUCAUGACGGCAAAGCGUCAAGUGACACGUCAGCAGACGGUCAAAUCAUGAAACGGAAAGGGCUGUAUGGCACCGGCAGUUCCGACGUUCGAUGCUUUGAGAUCGACUCGUCCAUGUCGAUGCUUUGCGGCCCGGGCAACAAAGUCGCAGACGAACCCAGCGACGACGAUGGCGACGACGAUGGCGACGACGAUGGCGACGACAGCAGUUCGCGACGAAAUCGGAUCGCGAAAUCCCUUGCAAAAGGUAGCGGAAGCGCAAGCGCAAGCGGAAGCGGAAGCGGAAGCGCACGCGCAAGCGGAGUGGGAAAGGACGGGAGGACAUCGAGAAGAGGCCCUCUCACGCGGAUCGAGGAGCCAAUCCGCGUGCGACGCGGGGACUUCGACCUUAGGAGAGAGAACCACUACGUGAUCGUCAUUCACGGAACGUUCGACGCGCCGCCGGCCGACGGCGCGGCGACGUGGUACCAGCCGCCGGCGCCCGGCGAGCAGAACUUCUGCCGCAAGCUGAGCCGGCUGCUGGCGGGGGGACCCAUCGGGGAGGACGCCAUCUGGCGCGAGCUGCCGUGCUCCGCGCUCCCGGGAAUACCGUACCCGUUCCACUGGGACGGCACCAACACGCACGCCGGCCGCGUCACCGCUGCGAUGAAGCUGCACACCAUGAUCGACCAGAUCGCUCAGAACGACCCCGCGGCUCGGAUCCACUUAGUGGCGCACUCCCACGGCGGCAACGUGCUGCUCAAGACAGUAGAACUGUACAUGGCGAAGCUGGGCCGGCGGCAGAAGGACGAGUGGCAUCCGGCAGUGGCGGAGAGGUUUUGGGCGGCGCACCGGCAGAGCUACGAGCUGAUCAAGAAGUGGCGGCGAAUCGACCUGCGCGGGUCGUGGUGGCGCUUCUUCCCCCUCCUCAUCGUGUUCCGGCGAUUCAAUGGCCGGCCAGCAGCCAAAGGAAAGGAGUGGUACCCGUGGGCGUACCACCAGUGGCUGGACUCGCUUCUCGGGCUGCCGGCGGUGCGGCAGCGGCGCUUCCUGGCCUUCCGCCACGCCACGUCGCCCAUCACCAACGCCCUCGGCGCCCUCGUGUUCCUCGGCACGCCCUUCUACAUCAAGAAGUGGCAGAAGAACGGGCUGCUGUGGUUCGCGGUGUCAACGAUGAUGUCCGUGGUCAUCAUGUACAUCUUCAUCAUCGCCUACACGUCCUUCUGGCAGAUCGUUGUGCUGCUGAUCGCCGGCAGUCCGCAAGACUUCUACUCGCAUUCUGCCCCCAACUUCCUCAUUGCAACGGGGAUCAUGCUUCUUGUCUUGGUCAAGCAAAUCAUGGAUGCUGUGGGCAACACGGUGUUUUACAGUGGCAAUCUCUACCACAACCCCACCUUCGACUGGUCGCCUGCCAUGUCUGCCCUUGUCAUUCAUGCCGGAAAGCUGGACGAGGCCAGUCUAGCCCUGUCCAUGGAGCCAAUCACGCGCGCCUACGUCUUCCCCCACCUGACAAAACUCCUGAAGCAGACCCCCUGGGCGCCCUUCCCCAAGGCCCCCACGCGCUACGCCCGCCAGGUGGACUGGUGGGCGUACCUAUUUAACUGCACCAUCGUGCUCGUGUGGGACACGCUCUUCUUCAUCCCGGCUGCCAUCAUGUCGAUCUUCUCACACAUCAUCGCGCCGAUUGUAACCAGCUCCAUACAGAACAUGAUUGUCACGAUCAGCUUCGGGUUGUCUCCAGGGGAUUUGAACCACGCCUACAUCUAUGUGGACGAGCACCUGGAGAUGGACCGUGUGACGCAACCAGUUGACCACUGGAACGUGCAGAAACUCUUGGCUGAAGCCAAGACAAAGUCUCUCAAGGGCGAGCUCAUGCCCGGCUAUGAGGACGACACCGUGGAGCAGCCCGAAUGGCUGGGACCCGUGCUGGACUCCCCCAGCGGCUGCGCUGCGCGCUCACCGCUUCGCAAUGGUGGUGGUGGUAGUGAUGGCGGGUGUGAUACCGAUGGUGGUGGGGCUGCUGCUGCUGCUGCAGUGAUCAAAUCUCCCACGCGCAUAGGAGCCAGCUCGCAGGAAGGCACAUGUAUCUGUGACGAACCACAAGAAGCAGCGGCAGCAGCAGCGGCAGCAGCAGCAGCAGCAGGGGGAAGUGGUGCUGUGGUGAAUCGCACAAAGCGUGAGGGGGGUGUAUUCCGAAAGAGAAGGACCUUUCGAGACUUGCUGCGGAGGCGGACAGCAAGUGAGAGGGGCAUGAAAGGAGCCAAGGGGGGAGUGACCCUGGCAGCUGUAGCAGAAGCAGCAGUGGCUGUUGCGAGUGCGGCUGGAAACGUGAGGGAGGGAAGCGAUGUGUGUGGGGAAGAAGCUGCUGCCGAACCAACUGGUUCGGCGACAUCUGGUUCAGUUUCAUCUAGUUUGCCUGCAUCUGAUUCCACUCCUGCUAGUGCAACUGAUCCUUCUGCUUCCGGCACUUCAAGCACCGAAGAAUCAAACCCCUCUGAAAGCCCGGAGAAGCCCAAAGAACCGAGGGAGAAGCUAGCAUACGAGUUUCUGUGGGACGACAGGGAGCUCGCCGUCUUGGCAGAGCAGUCCCACACGUUCCAGCGGCUCAAGUCCCAGAUGCACACCAUCGGCCGCAACCCGCGCAUGAGUGAGCACGAGUUCGAGCGGCAGCUGAAGCAGCAGUGCGUGAUGAUCAAGGAACGUGUGGGCGAGCUGACGGGGCGCUUUGACCUCAACCACGGCGCGUACUUCCGCGACCCGCGCAUCCUGCGAGUGAUAGCGCACUUCAUUGAGAAGAGGGAGCUGCCCGAGUGGUCCAAGGACAUGGAUGGGGAUAUUUGGAGGUGGAAUGAGCGCGUGAACUCUCUACACUCUAUGCAUCUGCUGCAGAUGUCGAUGGGCAGUGGAAGGGCGGGAGGGGGGGGGUUGGGAGCGUGGGGAGGAUUGGGAGGAGAGGAAGGAGGAAGGGAGGGAGGAGGGAAGGAGGGAGCCGAGGGGUCGCUGGGGUCGGGGAGCUUCAGCAGCAGCAGCCAUCCCAAGAGUAAGGCAGUGAGCUUCAGUGUUCACCGUGUGUCUCUCCCUAACCUGAAUGCUGAGGGUGGACGAGCAGGGGAAGGCAGGGCAAGACGGACGAGUGAGAGUGAGAGUGAGAGAGUGAGGGUGGAGAGCCGUGGGGAUGAGAAGGUGGGUGCGAUGCUGCGCUCGCGCUCCACUCGCAUUUAGGGUGCAUGGUCAGGUGAUGGUCCGACGGAGGGUGCUGCAGAGAAGUGGGGAGGGAGGAUCUGCAUAUCUACUACAACUAUAGUAGUCUUAGGUACUUGACAUUAUAA